AUGGGCAAAAGGCAUGUCGUGAAGUUGUUGGAUCACUUCGAGCAUCACGGCCCCAACGGUACUCACCUGUGCCUUGUCUUUCCGGUACUGAUAUCCGAUGGCAAGGAAAUGGUUCGCGCGGGCAAACCGUGUCAGAUCAGCAGUGUUCAGGCGAUUGCUAAACAGAUCCUGCUGGGACUAGAUUUUCUCCAUUCGCAGAGCAUCAUUCACUGCGGUAAGGACCUAUCCCACGGUUUCAGACAAAAUGAAGUCCGGGCACUGAUCAAUCUCGUGGUUUGCAGAUCUGAAACCUGCAAACAUCAUGUUUGUUCUGGAGGGCGUCGCCUCCUGCGACGGCUUCAUCAAUCCUCCCAAAUUCGUGUCCGUCGAGCCCUCGAACGGGCUCCGGAGAGAUCGAAGCGUGCCGGAGUAUUUGAUGGCUUCUCAGAGAGGGCAGGUGACAUUUGA